AUGGCCAUCUUCUUAAUUGGGCUGAUUUUACUCGUACAAUCUGAUACAAAUUUUGCCUCUGCCUCCAGACAAACAAAUUUUUCCUCGUCGGGCCUUCAAAACCAGCUAGAGAGGAACAAACACUGUCUUAAAUAUGAUUACGAAAUUCAAGACACGCUUACCUCGACGAAGCCUCCGUUUGACAACUACUUCAACAUAUCCCGUGCCGUUUAUCCCUCAGAGGAGCUAUCGUCUAAACUUAUAAACAUCUGGGUACAUUUUACAAACUCUUCUACGAAUCUUACUCAAGUAUCCUUACGGAAGUUUAUUUGGAGCCGCUCAUGUUUGUAUGUAAGCGACCGAUAUUUGAGCUUGCUAGCCAUAAGUUUGUAUUCGCUGGGUUCAAUAUGGCCGGACAGAAGACAAGAGAUCCUACACAUAACAAUUCCUACAUUUUGCAACUCGGAGGCAUCAGAACAAAAACUCGUUCAAUUUUUGUCGACGGUAAGUCCAGAAUAUGAAUCAAACUUUACAUUAAGAUUUUAGAUAUUGUAAGAUUAUAAUAAGAUACAUAUAUUUACUACAUACAUUUCUUACAAUGCAGGUCUCCUCACAAACUCUACCUACAGAACACUAUUUACGCUAAUUACAAUACAGGCUACUCAGUUACACCGCCAACAGAACAACAAUCUACUUAUGUUACUUGCCAAACAAACAGUUACUUACAGUACUUAAAAUACGUUAUACGAAACACUUUAAAUCACUUGCAGUACAACAUUCUAUUUACGACACAGUUCACAGUUUUCUUCAAGCCUCGCUCUCGGAAAGCUGUUCGCAUCUUUGAACAGAUAGUGUUCGUGUAAAUUUUCGCGCAAAAUAGAGGCUAUUUUUUAUUUAAAAGUUUCCUUUAUGGUUCUACCAAGUGUCAGUUGCUUUGUUAAGCAAUAAAUAAUGAUAGCUAAAUGUCAGAGUAUGUUAUAUAAAUAAGCUAUGGUUUUGCAGGUUUUUCUUAAGUUUUUUCAACUGAAUGCAUGCUAUUGUUGAAGGUAACGUUACAACUGUAAUCGGAGUUUUCAUUUAAGAAAUGUUAGUAUUCAAAUUAUAUUUAAAAUGUAAAUAAGAUUACGGUGAAACAGGAUGAAAAAUGUCGAACUUUUCUUCUUUUUGAUGAUGACACGGAGAUAGUUUAUUGAUGUCUCUUUUGUUUCUUUUUCUUUUUGUUUUGUUUCUGCAGCUCGAGGACAUCGCUGUCAUUCCAGCCCAACUAAAUCCUGCUCUGAACCACGUCGAAUGUGUUAUGGAAGAAAAGCCUCCUGGCUUCGAGCUACAAAGAGCCAAAAAGAUAUUUCCUCACGUUUGUUGGGCAUUUUGGUUUUUCUCUAUAAUUGCUGGAUAUUUUGCUACAGUUUUGUUUAUUCAGCUGUUCCAAGAAAAAAAAAAAGAUGUUGUGGUUAGUUCGACAUUAACAUUUUCAGUUACUCUCUUCUAUGUAGGAUUACUUUUUGGCAUAAUUGCGAUUGUUUAUAGCACGCGUAAGGGAGGAUACAAAAUGGUUUACCCUUUUAUUUAUUUAUCUUCCAUGGGAUUAACAUAUAUACUUGGUUACGUUUAUUGCUGCGUCUCCUUAGAAGAAAAAAAGAAAAGGUGGAAGCUGGCGCAUGUUUAUCCAAGUAGCUUUGUAAUGAUUCACUCUAUUCUUUGGAUGAUGGUCGGAAUGAUAACAGAGCCUUACUGGGCUAUCCCUGUCGUAACAUUGCAUGCGGCAGCAGUUUUCCUUUUCUACCUCCUAUUGCGUUUUUAUUACUCAGAUAGGGAUUGGGAUAUCCGAGACAAAAUUAACUUAACUUUGCUUUUCAUUUUAUUGAUGUCGAUUAUAUCCGUACAGGUCUUAUUUUUUUUGGUCGUUAGCCACUUUUUUAGAGAAGGAUUAAUUUUCAGUGCUAUCCCUAGUGUUUUGAUUAUAAUAUUAGGCUUUUGGUGUAAGAAUUUCACACACUCGUCCCAAGAGCCAGCAAGUUCGCUUUAA